UGUCAUCUUUUGUUGCUUUUUCCUAUGAGUUCCGCUUCGUCUGACGCGCCGAUGCGCAUAUUGGUCGCAGGGGAUGUCUGCGGACGCUUCAGCGCGCUGUACAAGCGCAUCGACACGCUGCAAAAGAAGAGCGGUCUGCCGUUCGACAUGCUGCUCUGCGUCGGAUCGUUCUUCAAGCCGUUCAGCCCAGCAGCAGCUGCACUCCAGACUCGAGCCGCUGAUCAGGCUCAGGCUGCAGAGGGAUCGGAGGCGCAGGCGGCCGUGGGCGAAGACGACGAGUGGUCGCAGCUCCUCAAAGGAUCGCUCAAAGCAUGCGUCCCGACGUACAUUCUUGGUCCGAACGCCGCGAACGAGCUCCCAUACUUUGAGGGCGUUCUGGAUGAUGGCGCAGAGCUUUGCCACCAAAUCACGUAUCUGGGUCGCAAGGGUAUUCUCAAGACACCUCAGGGACUCACCGUCGCGUACUUUGGCGGGAGCUUUGGAGCUGGGGCAUACACUGCAGCCCAUCCUCAGUCUGACCAGCUGCACCACUACACACACCACGACGUUGAGCACUUGCUCCAAGCAACCAAGCAGCCCGACUUUCGAGGCGUGGACAUUUUCCUCACGAGCGACUGGCCGCGUUACAUUACUCGUGGUGCUCCGCUACCCUCCAUUAUGCCAGCCACAAUGACCGACGGUGCAUCUGGCUCUCGUGCUGACUGGGGUCGAGUUGGUUCGGACGUCAUCUCGAUUCUGUCCUCGGCCUUGAUGCCCCGCUACCACUUUGCAGGAGCGCUCGAUGUUUAUUACGAGCGCUUGCCGUAUCGGACGGCGCCGGCUGUCAGCAUGGGGCUGCAACAAGGCCACGCGACCAGAUUCCUGGCCUUGGGCACCCAAAUCUCGCCCACCAAGCAAAAGGCCUUGUACGCGUUUACCAUCAAGCCGUUGGUCAAGGAAAUCAAGUCGGUGCUUCUCACGCAUCCCUCCGAAACGACCGAUUCCCCGUUCGCCGACGCGCCUCUUCGCACACCGGCCAUGGGCACGCAGCAAGAGCAGGCGGGCGUUAGUAUGUUCUAUAGCGGUCUCGACGCGAGCGGCAAAAAGCGCAGGCGUGAAGACGACCCGACUGACGGACAAGCCCGCAAGGUUCCCCGUGAGGGCUACGUCUGCAACAUUUGCCAGCAAUCUGGCCACUUUAUUCAAGAUUGCCCGCAAAAGGAUGAGCGUGAUGCACAGCGCCUUGCCCAGCGGGAGGCAGAGCGGGGACCCUAUGUCUGCCGCAUUUGCAACGUCCCAGGACACCCAAUCCAGGAAUGCCCCGAGCGUGUGACGCGACCCAUGGACCAAGAUGGCCAUCCUCGGCUUCCCGACAACUACGUCUGCAAAUUAUGCAAUGUUCCCGGACACCAUGUUCGCGAUUGCCCAAGCAAGCAGGAUACGCCGCCGGGGGCCAAUCGGCGACCGCCCAAUGCUCCUCCGGCCGCACAGGGUCCCUGCUGGUUUUGCCUCGGCAGCCCACAAGUCGAAAAGCAUCUGGUUGUCAGCAUUGGUACGGAGCUGUACAUGGCGUUGCCGAAAGGCGGACUCAGUCCUCAGCAUGUGCUCCUGCUCCCUAUCGGCCAUGUUGCGUGCUCCAAAGAUCUCGGCGAAGAAGCUCGCGCAGAGAUGGGGCGAUACAUGAGCUCGGUGCGCGCUUUGUUUGCUGCGCAGGGCUGCGGCAUGGUGGCUUUUGAGCGCAACGUCCGCACUCCUCACAUGCAGAUCCAGCUGAUUCCCGUCCCGCUGGCUCUCACCGAGCAGCUGAUUCCCACAUUCCAAGAGCAUGCGAGACGAUUGAAUUACUCGUUCCAAGAGCUGGCUCCUGGGGAGGACUUGACGGCGGCUUUGCCUUCGCCCGACACGCCGUACUUUGUGGUGGAGUUUGACUCUGGUGUCAGAUUGUUGCUUGUGGUGACUGGACGUUUCCCACUCAUGUUUGGCCGCGAGGUGCUCUGUGACCCUGCCCUUCUGAACGCGCCAAACAAAAUUGACUGGAAGCAAUGCCAGGAGUCCGCCGAAACGGAGACGACCUUUGCAAGCGACUUCAAGGCUGCGUUCAAACCCUUCGACCAGACCGAUGACCUCUGAGCCAGCUCGUACUUGUCGUUGCACCAGAGUACCAAAAAAAAAAAAAGAUUGUCCAAC